GUGUCUGGAGUAGAGACUGGGAAACCCAGACUCAAGGAAAACACCAGUGACGCAGGUGAGCCACCUGCCUGGGGAUAUCAGCGAACUGUCCUCUGUUGUUCCUUUGAACUCGGUUUAGCAGGAAGGAGUGGAGUCCUCCCCGGCUGCCUGCUCCGGCCGCCUGCUCCGGGGAGCUUGGCAAAGCUGUCCCGCAGAAUGAGACGACUCACAUGCUUUCUCAUCUGUCUGCUUCUUUCGGAAGCACCAGGCUUUGAAAUCCCCACAAACGGACUUCCCGAAUUUGUAGACUAUGAAGAUCUUGUGGAACUGGCCCCAGGCAAAUUUGAAUUUGCUCCAGAGAACCGGAGACAUCAGAGAAGCCUUUCCGGAGAAUCCGGAGAAACGACGGACGAUCAAGUAACUCUUUAUAGCUAUAAAGUCCAGUCAACUAUCACCUCUCGUUCGGCCACCACCGUCAUUCAGAGCAAAGUGGUGAACAACUCCCCCCAGCCUCAGAACGUCGUGUUUGAUGUCCAGAUUCCCAAAGGAGCCUUCAUUACCAACUUCUCCAUGACUGUGGAUGGCACGACAUUCAGGAGUUCCAUUAAGGAGAAAACUGUGGGCAAAGCUCUGUACUCACAGGCGAGAGCAAGAGGCAAGACGGCAGGCUUGGUGAGGAGCGGGGCUCUCGAUAUGGAGAACUUCAAAACCGAAGUGAACGUCCUUCCCGGAGCAAAGGUGCAGUUCGAACUCCAGUACCAGGAGGUGAAGUGGAGGAAGCUGGGAUCCUAUGAGCACAGGGUUUCUCUGCAGCCAGGACGGCUGGCCAAACACUUGGAGGUGGACGUGUGGAUCAUUGAACCUCAGGGAAUACGGUUUCUUCAUGUCCCCGACACCUUUGAAGGCCAUUUCGAUGGAGUUCCAGUCAUCUCUAAAGGACACCAGAAGGCGCACGUCUCCUUCAAGCCCACAGUGGAGCAGCAGAGAAUAUGCCCCAGCUGCCUGGAGACCGCGGUGGACGGGGAGCUGGUGGUGAUGUAUGACGUGAACAGAGAGGAGAAGGCUGGGGAGCUCGAGGUAUUCAAUGGAUAUUUUGUCCACUUCUUUGCUCCUGAAAACUUGGACCCAAUUCCCAAGAACAUCCUCUUUGUUAUCGAUGUGAGCGGCUCCAUGUGGGGGAUUAAAAUGAAACAGACUGUGGAAGCAAUGAAGACCAUAUUGGAGGACCUACGAGCAGAAGACCAAUUCUCUGUGGUUGAUUUCAACCAGAACGUUCGAACCUGGAGAAAUGAUUUAGUUUCAGCUACUAAAACACAGGUCGAAGACGCCAAGAGGUAUAUUGAGAAAAUCCAGCCCAGUGGAGGCACAAACAUCAACGAAGCGCUCUUGCGGGCCAUCUUCAUUUUGAAUGAAGCCAGUAACUUGGGGGCGUUGGACCCCAACUCGGUCUCGCUGAUCAUCCUGGUUUCUGAUGGAGAUCCGACAGUAGGUGAAGUAAAAUUGUCGAAAAUUCAGAAAAAUGUGAAGCAGAGCAUACAAGACAAUAUCUCUUUGUUCAGCUUGGGGAUGGGAUUUGAUGUGGACUACGACUUUUUGAAGAGACUGUCCAAUGACAACCGUGGAAUUGCUCAAAGGAUUUAUGGAAACCAGGACACGUCUUCCCAGCUUAAGAAAUUCUACAACCAGGUCUCUACUCCACUGCUCCGGAAUGUUCAGUUCAACUAUCCCCAUACAUCAGUCACGGAUGUCACUCAAAACAGUUUCCAUAACUACUUUGGAGGUUCAGAGAUUGUGGUGGCAGGAAAAUUCGACCCUGAUAAACUGGAGCAACUACAGGGCAUUAUCACUGCCACGUCGGCGAACACGGAGUUAGUCUUGGAAACGCUGGCCCAGAUGGAUGACUUGCAGGAUUUUCUGUCAAAAGACAAGCAUGCAGACCCCGAUUUCACCAGGAAACUGUGGGCCUACCUAACAAUCAACCAACUGCUGGCCGAGCGAAGCCUGGCUCCCACGGCUGCCGCCAAAAGGAAGAUCACAAGAACCAUCCUGCAGAUGUCUCUAGACCAUCACAUUGUGACCCCACUGACCUCAAUGGUGAUUGAGAAUGAGGCCGGGGAUGAGCGCAUGCUGGCCGACUCCCCGCCGCAGGACCACACGUGCUGCUCAGGUGCCCUGUAUUACGGCAGCAAAGUUGCCCCGGGCUCAAUCCCAUCGUGGGCCAACCCCUCACCGACCCCAGUGAUUCCGAUGCUUGCGCAAGGGGCCCACGUGCUGGAGUCAACGCCCCCCCCACACGUGAUAAGAGUUGAAAAUGACCCCCAUUUCAUCAUUUACCUCCCCAAAAGCCAAAAUAACAUUUGUUUCAAUAUUGACUCAGAACCUGGAAAAAUCCUCAACCUGGUUUCUGAUCCAGAAUCAGGAAUUUCAGUCAAUGGUCAGCUCAUCGGUGCCAAGAAGCCCAAUAAUGGAAAACUAAGCACCUAUUUUGGAAAAUUGGGGUUUUACUUCCAAAACGAAGACAUGAAAAUAGAAAUCAGCACAGAAACCAUCACCCUGAGCCGGAAGUCCCGUGUGUCGGUCUUGACCUGGUCUGACACGGCUCGUGUCAUCAAUCAGAGGGUGGUUAUCUCAGUGAAGAAAGAAAAAACUGUGACCAUCACCCUGGAUAAAGAGAUGUCCUUCUCGGUUUUACUGCAUCGUGUGUGGAAGAAGCACCCGAUUAACGUUGACUUUCUGGGAAUCUACAUUCCCCCCACGAACAAGUUUUCACCCAAAGCACACGGAUUAAUAGGCCAGUUCAUGCAGGAGCCCAAGAUACACAUCUUCAAUGAGAGACCGGGAAAGGAUCCCCGGAAGCCAGAGGCCAGCAUGGAAGUGAAAGGACAGAAGUUGACUGUCAGCAGAGGCUUGCAGAAAGACUACAGGACGGACAUUGUGUUCGGGACAGACGUUCCCUGCUGGUUUGUGCACAACAGUGGGAAAGGCUUCAUUGACGGACAUUACAAGGACUACUUCGUGCCUCAGCUCUAUAGCUUUCUCAAACGGCCUUAAAGGUUUAGAGUUUUGGAAAUUAUGUGUAUAAAUAUACCUGUUUUUCCCUGCCACCUUUGCAGAUAUGCUUCAGUUUGAAUAAUUAAAGCAAACCAGAUAUCACAGUGGUUUAUAAAGCCUGCAAACAUAGCUGAAGAAAAUAAAUAUUUUGCAAAGAA